AUGGGGGCGCUCAGCAACGCACUUGGCUCGCAGAACAAGGAUAACAACCAGCAGCACGGCCAAGGAUCCCAGCCCAAUGCACAGCUCGGUGGUCUCAUGAACAUGGUCAACGGCGCACUCGGUGGUGGUGCGAAGGGCGAGGCCAAAGAAGAUAAACUUGACAAGGCUGUCGACAUGUUCCAGGAGCAUGUAUUGAAGGCUGGCUCUCAAAGUAACGAGAGUGCCAUCGAGCAAGCAAAAGACAAGCAGAUUGCAGACGCAAUUCGUAGCGGCUACAAGCAGUUCACUGGCAAAGACAUUCCCUCGUAG